UCGUGAUUGGUUGGAGCUCUAUUCACUUAAACGUUUACGUACUUUUAUCUACGUAAUUCAAACCAUCGCCUGGUUUGUUACUCUGUAAAUUACUCCCAAAGCCCGAUGGAGUCGCUGCUGCAAUCAGCUGUGCCACACAUCACAUUAUGACAAACAAGCUAUGAAAGGACGAAAACCCAACUAAAUAAUGGAAGGCACGCUUCACAAAUGGACAAAUUACAUUAGCGGCUGGCAGCCUCGCUGGUUUGUACUGGAUGGUGGAAUUUUGUCAUACUAUGACUCUCAAGAAGAUGCCUGGAAGGGUUGUAAGGGAAGCAUUAAAAUAUCAGUUUGUGAAAUCCAAGUCCAUACUUCUGACUCUACUCGAGUUGACCUGACCAUUCCAGGAGAGCAAUACUUUUACCUCAAAGCCAUCAAUGCAGCAGAGAGGCAGAAAUGGCUGGUGGCCCUGGGAACAGCCAAAGCCUGCCUUACAGACAACCGAACCAAGAAAGAAAAAGAGCUCCAGGAGAACACAGAAGCAUUAAAAACCAAGAUGUCAGAGCUUAGAUUAUACUGUGACCUUCUUCUCCAGCAAGUUAACAAGAUCAAGGAGAAUGAUGAGCUGGGAGAAACGUUGGAGACUGGAAUAGACACUGGAAAAAUGGUGAAGUCAACAUGCACUACUUUCCUGAAGACCCUGGAGGAAUGCAUGCAGAUAGCAAAUCGAACUUUUAGCACAGAUAUGACUGCACACAGCCCACCUGGAACCCCACCAUUAGCUGCCAUCAAACAACAUAAGUCCAUCAAGCUUACCAACCAUUUAAAUUUAAACCUUGGAGAAAAGAGGAAAGAUAUAUCUCCUGAAAGAUCUGGACAAACAAGUGACAGCCAGAGUUUUGAGUCUGGAGCAGAUGAACCAGAGAAACCUGAACUCCAUCCGUUCCCAUCAAGCUUUGAAUCAUCCAUCAGUUUAGUUGGUAAAGAGCCAGAUAAUCCAGCUCCAGGCUCUAAUCCACCUUCACCUGAGCUUGAGCACUUUGAGCAACCAGCAGAGGGAGAUGAGAAGUACGACACUCCUGAAGAGAAGGAGACGAAACAAGAACAAAAGAACAAAGUGGACCAAAGUCAAGAACUUCCCAAUAGCUUGGAAACAAACGCUGUCCAGCUCAAAGAGACGGCUUCAGGCCAAGAAGAGACCGCAGAAGAAGAUGAAACACAAAAGGCAGAAGACACAGAACAGGUGGAAACUUUUUUCAGCACAAUGAGUCACAGAUUUAGUGAUAUAAGACUGGAUGACGACAAUGGUAUCCCUACACAAGAGUUUUUGGACUCAUGCUAUGCAAUAGUGCCUGUAUUAGACAAACUGGGCUCCACAGUUUUUGCACCUGUUAAAAUGGAUUUUGUUGGAAACAUCAAGAAAAUUAAUCAGAAGUUAAUGUCUGAUCCCGAAUGCUUCCCGACGCUGCAGUCCAUCGUGUUGCAUGAAGUCCAGGGAGGAGUCGCCCAAGUCCGCAACUCUGCGACUGAGGCUCUUCUGUGGCUCAGACGAGGUCUGAAGUUUCUCAAGGAGUUUCUGUCUGAGGUCAACGCCGGGGAGCAAGAUAUCCAAGGAGCGCUAAAUAACGCCUAUGGAAAGACUCUUAGGCAAUACCAUGGCUGGGUUGUGCGAGGAGUAUUUGCUUUAGCGCUGCGAGCUGCACCAACGUAUGAAAACUUCACUGCCGCCUUUGCGACCAGAGAAGGCGACGAGCUGAAAGGUGAAUUUAUCAACAGCAUGCACAGAGACUUGGAUUUGUAUCUGCCCGCCAUGGAGAAGCAGCUGGCCAUCCUGGAUGAGCUGUACGAAGAGUACAACCUGGAAUCCGACGAGGUGGUGUGAAACUCUACCGAGGCGCGGUCAGGGCUCAAAUCCGCACGGCGGCGUCUGAUGGACAGGAAGGUACCAAUAUAACAUGCAGCUUUCACACUAAAGAGUGUCGGCAUUUUUAGACUCAAUAAAAAGGAGUUUGUGCCUGUUUAAAGACCCACGGGCAGAUGGAAGCUUGAAUUGCACAGGACAUGAUGAAAUGAAGAAAUGUAAAUUCCAAGAUCGAUGUAAUUCAGUGAAGGCAUUCGUUUCUGACCAAGUUUCAUGGUAUUGUGGCAUUUAUUAUUAUUUUUUCUUCGACUUGUUUGAAGGUACAUGAAUACUUUAUUUUACAGUUGAAGUAAUUUUCCUGGGAAUGUUCCUUUUUUUGUAAAAUGACUAGAAUGCAUUGAGAAUAAAAACAGGGUUGACCUUGGAAACUAGCACAAAGCACUCUAUGAAAAUUCCAGUAUGACAAGAUGGCAUAUUAAAAGCUGUCCUAUAGUAUUUGCUAUAUAGUAACUUAAAUUUUUUUUUAACUUUCUUUUGUUGUUAAAUUUAUUCUAAUUGUGUUUUUUUUAUUAUUUUUCCCCCUAAAUUGUAAUCUAAAUUAUGCAAUAAGUGAUUCUUAUUUUGAAAAGUUACUGCUUUUGAGCACUUCCUGAAGGAGGUUGUUGUGUGAUUCUUUACAACCUUUGCUGGCUACACAACUACAUUACAACAAUGCUAAAAGUUGUGACUACUGCUGUUAACAUGUAGAUGCACAAGCCUAUGCACAAAAAUCAUUUUCACUGUUAUAUUUAUUAAGUUUUUCUUAUAAAUUUGAUGUUAACAGCAUAAAAGUCUUUUCACUACAACCUUAGUGUGACGUGGACAGAUAUUUGGAUCCAUAGAGCAUUAGAAAAUAAAUACCAGCAGACAGGCAGUGUAACACAAGGAGAUUAUCAAGUAAAUGAACAAUUUGUAAGGGGAUGGAUUAUGUUGCUUUUGUGUGUACUGAGAAUGAUCAGUAGCUUUUUGUUUAGAUUUACUCUCCAUACUGUCUUUUUUUUUUUUAAACCACAAAUUUCUAAAUGUUGAUUUUAAUCGAUUUAAUAUAUUAACUCAGUACGAGUCCACCUCAACCCCUGGUAAAAAUAAACAUCCGGUUUGUUGUUUUUGUCAGAACUAAUCCUAAACUUCAGGAAAAUCCUUUUGGGGCUUUACAAAGACUUACCCUGAUGCAAAACAUUUUAACUGUUUUUAAGGCUUGUGUACUACAAAAACUCUUGUAUAGUUUAUAUAAUUUUUUUGUUGUUGUUUGUUUACAUUAUAGGUGUACAUAGACUAAUUUUCAUUUGAAAAUUAGUUUGUCAAUCCUGUUGUUGUAAUAUGGUAACAAAUGAAUGAUGUCUUUUUUUGUAUGGUUGUAAAUAAGAUGCUUUUUGAUUUUUACCCAAUAAAUAAAAUAAUGGUGCACACUUUA